AUGUGUUUCCGAUCAAAAGGCUACGAAUUCUCGACUAAAAUAGCAUCAGAACGUGGUUGUUAUUGUAAUGGGGUGAUUAUGCCACACACGAUCGCAUGGCGUCGUAGCGAGGAUCUCACGCGCAGCACGCAUCCUCAAUACGGGAGUAGCUGUGGCGUGGCGGUGCUGAGCCCACCGGAAAGCAGCGGCUGCAGCAGUAGCGACAUCACUGAACCGCGGUCUCCGUGCAGCCCAGAGUCGGGGUGCAGCAGCGAGGAGAGUUUGGGAGCGCGCAUGCCGCCCUGGGCGAGCGAGCCGGCCCCGCGCCGCCUCGCGGCUCAGCCCGCGCCUGUACGCCGCCCCAACCCCGUGCAUCGCCGUAUCACAGAAUACUUUAACCAUAAGAUGAAGCCACAGAACGGCCUUAAGCGCGACGCCGUUCACAUCGCUAAUGGUGACAGCAAAAAGAAGUGCCUCCCGAAGAAUGGUGUCACGCAAGAUCUCGAGAAAUAUAUUUCCUAUCUAUCUCAAACCCUCAGUCCUAAAGUCUUGCUAGAUGUCGGAAAACAAUCUCAAACGACGCAUAAAUCGCCUCAGUCGACAACUAAUGUUGAAACUAAAAUUAAAGAUCUCAGUAAAUCACCAUUAAAGAGCACAGAUAGUGUGUUGGAUUUCUGCAGGACUAAGGAUAACCAAGAGGUUCAUACGAUGAAUGGUUUCGUAGAAGUAAGACAACUAAAAGAGAAGCCGAGCAAAGAGAAGUUUAACUGUGGCGUUUUAAACGGCUUAACCGACAAUAAGAAAACUGAGCGCGAUAAAAAGUUAUCAUCGGACCCAUCCGCCAAAGUAAAUACUAAUCUUAAUAAGCAGUAUAAUGUAAGUAAUGCAAAUUGCAAUAAUAAAUUGCCAAUAUCGGACACACGUGAAAUAUUUGGCGUUCGAAUCGCUCCAGCCACUUCAAUGAAUCAAACGAGAAAUAAGGUUACAACAGUUAAGACUGAUUCGAAAAUAAAUGGUACCGUUAACCACACAGCAAAAUUAGACAGUAGAAUGAACGGAGUUACACGUGGUUCCAAUAAUCUAAAUUUGGUAAACAAACCUGUUACGACAAAAAAGGAAACAGCUAAAAAGACCACACUUGCUCCAAAACGCACCAACAGAAAGUCUUCAGCGUGUAUCGCUAAUAGUAAGAACCUUUCAUGGUCAAAAGCGAAUAAUCUUAAACAAGUACAGUUACAGAAACAAAACUGUUUGAAUUCAGGAUCGAAACCACCCUUAACAAAAAUGUCAGGGGAAGGAAGCGCACCACCAAAGAUGAAUAUUGCAAACGGUGUAAGACAAGUAUCGAUGACUGUAAACGGAAAUUUAAGUAGCUUAAACGUACCUGUUAAUCAUUUACAUAACGGCCACCAAAUUAAUGUUCAGCAACAGUGCAAUGGAUCUGUAUCCUCAACGACUAUUCCUGCGUUUAUGGCAGUUCCUCAAAAUGUAAUGUUAACUACUCUAAGGAUACCUCAGAAUGGGCUAACCGCUCCCAAUAUAAAUCAACAGGGGGGAAUAGCUACAAUAAACCAAGGAAAUAUUGCAACAUUAAACCAACAGGGUAGUAUAGGUGCGCUAAAUCAACAACCAAACGUUACUUUCAAUCGCCCUAAUGUGACUGUAACGAGUCCGACCAAAAUUAACGGUCAAUUUGUGUUUCCGCUUGUUCAAAAUAUUAAUGGAACUGUCGUGCAAAUACCUAAUCUAAUGGCAAAGAUGCCCAACUUUGUCCUUCCUCAAGCACAACCAUUAACUGCUCAAAGACAAAAUCAUUUACAAAAUCAGCAGACGCAAAUUCUUAUAAACGGCACAUUAUUAAAACUUUCAAAUGCGAUACCUUCAUCGUUUCCGGCUACAAAUAAAACAAACCCUGUCUCAAGCCAGCCUGUAUUAAACAAAAGUUUUCCUGGAAUACAAACUGUCAAUGCGGUAACGCAUCAAAAGCCGAAUUUUAAUGUAAAUUUAAGUCAUCCGAUGCUACUACCACAGCCAGGUUUUAUUGUAACUUCAGUGCCAAACGUCAAGGAGACAUGGAGUUAUUCCACCGUGAAUACGGCCUGUUUAUCGCAAUCAACAUAUUCGAAUCCAAUAGUACAACACCCGCCGCCUAUAGUACCAAGUUUUAGCACUCAAGCAUUACAUUCGAGUAGUAUACCCAUCGCUCCCGUGAAGCCUCCUGACAACCCCAUUCAGGGCACAGAGCCACCAAGCAGUACAGUAAAGGAAUCCGACUUAAGUGACUUAAAUCAAAAGUGUGAUAUUCCAUGGCUGUCUAAAAAUGUUAAUAAUAACAUAGUUCCAUUAGAUACUAAAAAACUCACAUCGAGGCCUUUCGCUGAAAUCGGUUCGGCUAAACUAGCUGGGUUAUUGAAUGAAAAGGUUAUGAAAGAAGGGAUAUUACUAAAGGACAAAGCGAAAGAAGUUAAAAUGGUGCCUGAAGAGCUUAAAAAAGUCGAAGAGGUAUCUAGUUGUGAAGAUACUGUGUUUAGUCACAUAACUGUUUUGAAAGAAGUGUCUUCGAACGUUGAGAGUACUAUGAUAGAAGCUAACUAUAGUAGCGCUACAACGGAGUCUUCGGAAUCAGGAAUAGGAACGGAUAAGUCUAUUGACUCACCUAGUGAUUCGCAAGGUAGCAAAGAGUGUGAUGAAGACUCAUCGUUACUGUCUUUAAGUGUGAGUGUAAGCUCGAUGGAACAAAGUCAAUCCGAAUCGCAGAAGAGCCCUAUACUGAAGCAACCCAAGAUUUUGCGGUUUCCACCUAAAUUUCCAGUGAAAUCAGAUAGUAGACGAAGGAAGUCUAAAUUAGAUGCGACAUCUACGGUAGUAGUAUGUUAUUGGGAAAAAUGCAAGUUAGAAUUUGACAGCGAUACGAAUUUAUUGGAGCACUUACAGGCCGUCCACGUUGAAACGCAAAAUGGCAAGCAGAACUAUGUGUGCCUUUGGGAGAAAUGCAAGGUGCGCGGCAAACCAUCAUGCUCGCGACUAUGGUUGGAGCGACACACCCUUUCACACGGCGGCAACAAACCUUUCAAAUGCAUUGUCGACGGCUGUGACAGAAGAUUCUCCACUCAGACUCUGGUGGAACGGCACGUGAAUCACCACUUCAAUCAGAGUUCGCAGUCAAACGGCAGCAACAGAAAGUCGAAUGAAAAUGGGUCCAAGCUAAUCCGGAGAAAUGGAAAGAAGCUACGGUAUAGGCGACAGCCUUGGUCAGCGCGAAUGUUCGACUUCUUCGACACGGGUAUGAUGCAGGGUCUUCAGUGGCGGCUACUAAGGUGUACCAGAUGGAGGCUUGGAGGUUCUUGUCCUCUUCGGGAACCGCCUGGAAGGCAUACCAUCACUCUUCACGCCGCACUUAGUGCCACUCGAUACAAUGCUAUUGAGGGUAGACGGGAGGCCUUAUUGACAUACUACCCUCCGAAUGUGAUCGAGGAUGAAUGGGUGCCAGAACAAGACGUGAAGCGGGUCAAACGAGUGGAGAUCUCCGAGUUGCCGGCCCACACUAAAGUCAUCCUCUAUGAUCAGUUCUGUAGUUCGUACAAGAAGACACCGACCCCGCCACCAGUUAAGAAGCCCGUCCCACAACCGACGAGACAAUUGCCUCUUCGACAGUGCACGUCUUCCCGUCUACUCAACAACCUACUCGCCAAACAGAAGGCUACUGAGGCUAAGAAUGAGUGCAGCGCCACCAACCUGCCCAUGAUCUACGCGGAGGACGACAGCCCAAAGUGCGAAGUCAGCGGCGCCAAGAAGAGGAAGCUCGGCAGAAGACAGGGCGGAAACGCCUUUUGGCCCAGCGGACGGUAG